UUUAAAUGUCAAGUUUGACAGAACUUUGUUUCCCAAACGUUUUUGGUUGAGGCGGUUAGUGUCGCACCCGCUUAUUGUCCUUCCUAAGCAUACUUCCUUCUAGUGUAAAAAUAGCAUGUUCAUUAUGAUGGAGUUUUUAAAAAUAUGUCGAGCGUGUUCAUCGGAGAAGACAAAUCUUCUGAACUUAUUCGCAAACGACUGUGAUGACGAACCGACUCUCGGGGAGAAGUUCCUGGUCUGCACAUCAUUGGACCUUCAGGAAGCCGAUGAAUAUCCUCAGCACAUUUGUUAUUCGUGCGCCAAACAGUUGGAAACAGCAUACAAGUUCCGGAAACAAUGCGAGCGAUCAUUCUGUCAGCUUCAGAAAAGAUUGAUGAACUCGAAGAAGGAACUUGAAAAGGCGGUGAAAAUUGAACCUUCCGAAAACAAAAAGCGAGAGCUCGAAUCGAUAUGUCUUGACGAUGAUGACGUUCUGGAGGACCAUGUACAAAUGCAUUCAAAUCAAGACGAACUUGAAGGAUCCCCUGAGAUAUCCGCCCCAAUAAAAGCUGAAAAUUUCCAAAGUGAAAAUGAAGAAAAUAUAUCAAUAAUUGCUGCUCCUGAGGUUGAAUCGAAUACUGAACGUAUAGCGGACACAGAUAUAAUAAAUGAAAAGAAUAUAAUAGGCGUUGACAUUUCUAUUGAAGAACGACCACAUCAAUGCAACGAAUGUGGCAAAAACUUUUUUACUGUACGAGCUUUGGAGCUCCACAUGAGACUUAGCCAUAAAACGAAAAGUAGCGCAGCCAACACAGAUAGUUCAAAGAGUCUUCAUAUUCAACCUGCAAACGCCUUUUUGUGCUCAAUAUGUAAUCGUAAUCUAGAUAGUAUCGAUGAUCUCAGAAUGCACCGAAUACUGGAGCAUGGUCAAAGGUCAAUGAGAUGCAAUAUUUGUGGGAAGGCCACGAAAGACAGAAGAGCUUAUAAAAAGCAUUUGCUCACCCAUAAAAACUCAGAAGGUGAAUCUGUAUGCAGAGUAUGCGGUAAAGAAUACACCGAUUCUAGGUACCUAUAUCGUCAUAUGUUAUAUCAUCAGGAGGCUUUGUUUAAAUGCGACGAACCAGGUUGUGGGAAGUCAUACAAAGUUAAACAUAAAUUUGUUGAGCAUAUACGACUCUAUCACAACAGACAAAUCACAUCAGAUGAAGUUCGUCAAAUCCAACCAAUGGAAGAAUCAGAAGCAGAAUAAAAACUAAUGAACUAA